AUGUUAACUGAUACACAAAAAAUAGGGGCAGUUAUUACAGGUGUAGGAAUUUUCUUUACAUUUCUAGGAAUUGUAUUUUUAUUUGAUCGAGGAUUUCUUACAUUUGGGAAUAUUUUGUUUAUUUGUGGUAUUUUCCUUGUGAUUGGUGUUCAACAAGCAUUUGCAUUUUUCUUUCAAAAGAAAAGGGCAAUUGCAACAUUUUUUUUCUUCCUUGGAGUUUUAUUAAUACUAUUUAAAUUUACAUUUAUUGGACUAUUUAUUGAGUUCUUUGGAUUUUUAAAUCUCUUUGCUAACUUUAUUCCUGUUGUACUUGCAUUUUUAAGAAGAAUUCCAUAUAUAGGAGAGUUGUUGAAUAUGGGAUGUAUUAAACAAUUUAUUGAUAGAACUUCACCAGAUUAUUGUUUACCAGAAUAA